UAGAGCCACGUGCCGACACCCGUACGCUCUAGUAGACAGUGCGAGGGAUUUCACCCCCCAUACGUUAGUUGAACCCACAUGGGUAGUCCGAUAGGGGACAACUGCACCUGGUGCUGUAUUCAAAAAUAAACUUCUAACUCUUGUGCCUUUGAGCCAAUGGGCGGGUUCGAUAAUCGCACAUGCGCUUAAUACUGAUCGUUAGUUAUAUUCAAACAUAACUCGCUACCCCAGUAUUCAGUGUCAUCUUUUGUGAAACGAGUGAUUUCCAUAACCGACAUUGUCGGUUGGAUUCACAGUCGCGACUUUACGGUCGUUCUGAAGGAACAGGGAGUGGAAAUAUAAAUAAAAAAAAAUAUUUAUGCCGAAUUAGUCAUAAGUGAACGUGAAUUGCUCAUCGCAAUACGUCAGAAUAAAAUUCUGCAUUUGAAUUCCAGUCCGUUAGUCAGUUUCACUGCUCGGGCGUUUGCGGACGGAAGGAUUCCGGUUAGAAAAAGUGACAUAAGGCGCUCGGUAUACGCGUGCGGAUGAUACGGACCCACGCGACGUCACACUCUGAUGCACAUCCGAUCUAAGGCCCCAUGUGUUUCCUCAAGCGAACAAUAGUCGGCGGGGUGCCCGAUGGAAUCCGAUUACGAGGGUAAGAAAGUACUCGGGCUUCAGUUCUUGAGGCGGGAAACCAUCGGUCGGACGCUUGGGACCACUAGAGACACUAUUUUGGGCAGACGGGACUAAAAACGUGGGCCAGGAAGUGAAAAAUUGCAAUUUGGUUCUGAAAAGGGCUCAAAAGUCGACGGGAUUUGGAUUUGGGGCCAUUUUCUGGGCUGGGUGUGAGUUAUUUUGUAACGGGACUGCCAUUUUCGUGUUCCGCGGGUGAAAAUACGGUGGAAAAGUGCAUUUGGAUGCUGGGAUUUGGAAAUUCUGGGAUCCGUUUUCAGAAGGGUUCCAUGAAAUUUGAUUUCGGUCCCAUUUUCUGGGCCUCGUGUGCAUAAUUUUGAAUUAAGGAGGCCGGAAUCGUGUUCCUGAGGUCAAAAUACAUAAGAAAAGUGCAGUCAGGUGUUGGAAUUCGUAAAAUCUGGAAUCCGUUUUCAGAAGGGUUCCAAAAGACGCAACCGAAAAUUAACUUUGGCUUCAGUUUUUGGAGUCUGAGUGCAUAAUUAGGAACUGGGACUAUAAAAAUCGUGUUCCUGAGGUCGAAAUACGUGGGAUAAGUGUAUUCAAGUGUUGGAAUUAAUAAAUUUUGAGUUACGUUUCAAAAAGGGUUUGAAAUUUGAAAAAAUUCCGAAAAGAUGUCGGGCUUCAAAAGGAUGCAGAGCCGGGUUUUCUGGAACCAAAUGGCUCGGCAUGAUCUCGAUAUCGCUCCGCUGAUUUGCAAAACCAGCCCGGAAAGGCAAAUCGACCGCGCAGACGCUUCCUACUGCAAUUUUGGGCGCGACAGUGACACGGACACUGACAAAAUAAGCGAGAACAGUUUCACUGCUGGUGAUCAGGUUGACAGUAAUUGCAACAUAACCGCGUGUUUUGUCACCGAUAAGACCCAAGAUGAUUUACCCGAAGAAAAUGGCAACUCCUCAAUGGUCCCAGAAAUAGAAAACGCGCAACUCGCGAGAGUUCUUAGCCCUGACCAAGGCCACGGCAGCCUCGAUUCCGGUUUCUCGGACUCUGAGAACUCAAAGUCGGGAAAUUUGGACACCAGCCGCAGGCGCAGGAAGCGAAGGAAAAAACGCGAUGGAAAAGUCGUAAAUAAAAAUUUAUUCUGGAUGAAACCGAGUCACACUUCGACUCCGAAAGCGGAAAAUAUUGAAACGCUGAGGAAUUUGACUUACACUAAGGAUUCGGAGGACUUCGAUGAAUUUCGUGACUCAACCGAUUGCGCUAAAAGAAUCGAGCUUCCAGACUCUCCAGGGUCAUCCCAAGAAUGUCUAGGAGAUUUUCUCUACGAAGUAGAGCCACCGGAAGACGAAGCGAGCUCAGCAUCCCGUGACUCGACGCCAUCUUUCAACGGUCCCUGGUACACGCGGAUGUCCAAUGAGUCGUCAAAGUCCUCUGGGUCACAAGAAACGAAAUCGAAAUUCACGUCAGGAACAAAAACUCCCUGGCAAUUUAUCGCUCAGUCCAGUAGUUCGUCGGUUCAAGUCUGGCUCCAAGACCUGGUGCAAGACGUAGACAACGAAUGCUACAUCACGCUGCAGAGCAAAGCCUUACCCAGGCGUAAUUUGCAUACCGAGGAUGCGCAGACAAGAGAUUUGAAACUUUUAACGACCGCGGCGACUUCAGCGGCGACCGAAUUGCUCGUGAGGGCUGAAGGGUUCAAUCGACAUGUCCAGGAAGUUAUCAGAAAAAUCGGACAAGCGGAAGCUAGAGACGAACGCGAUUGGCUUAGAAGUAUUGAAGAGGAGGCGUUUUCUAUUUUGUCUGAAUUAGGCGCACCUCCGCCGCGAAGAAUCCACGACGGAAGUGUCAGGACUAUCUUAAAUCAGUUAGAGUCCUUGAAGAAUAUGGUCAAUCACACUCUGGACACGCGAUUGGAUUUUUAUAUCGAGCGAGUAGUACGAGGUCUGGAAGAAGCUCCCCGAGAAUCAGGAUCUGCAGCCCGUGGAGCCCUUGCUGCUCUGACUGCCUUAGGACUCGCAGGCUCUAGAGCCGGAAACUCAAUCGCACGUUGCUCUGGAGUUCGAGCCCUUCUGACCUCACUGAUCUCCGCCAGUCGUUUGUCCUCCGAACUUCGAGCCUCAAGCCUUCGAGCCCUCGCCAGCGUGUGCUGCUGCCCUCUAGCAAUCGACCACUUCAUCAAAGAAGGAGGCCCUGAAAUCCUCGUUGACCUUUUGACCUCGCCCUCGACUCCCGAGCGCGAGAAAAUUGAGGCCACGGCUCUCAUAGUCCAAGUGACGGCCCCCUGGAUCGACGCCUUGGGCCUUCGACACUUCGAGCCCUUCGCAGCCCCACUGACCCUCACGCUCAUCUAUCUCGCCGAGUCCUGCGCCUGCGCCCAAACAUUACUCCUGUGCGCAGCCGCCUUAAACAACCUCAGCGACUCUCCCGCCUUCGUCGACGCCAUUUUGACCCACGAAAGUAUCCGUCGGCUUAUAAAAUGCGUGAAGAAGAAGGCGCCCUCUAUCUGGCUCAUGGAACAAGUCGCCAUGUUGAUAAAUAAACUAGCCCGGCAUCCAAAGGCCAGGAAACAUCUCGCCAAAGCCAGAGCCUCCGUUGCCCUCGUCUGCUUCCUACGCAUGGCGCCACCUGGACUCGAGGACGCGUACCACCGGCUCACGGUCACUGCUGCCACCGCCUUAAUGAGGCUCUGCGUGGAUCCUGAAAUCGCCAAACAAGUAGUGGCAGUCGGAGGCGACGACUGUCUUCCGAAAUUCAACAAAAUGGACGACCACCAACAAGAUGGCGGCUUGGUCCGAUAUACCAACAGUCUAAGAAUCGCGUGUAAAAAAGCUACUAAGUGUAUCGAUGACGCUAAGGCUUGUGAUUACUCUGUUGAAUAAUUUUCAUAUAUAGAUAUAUAUUUAUAAUAUAAAAUGUAUAUUGUGCCAUAAAUCAUAAGAAUUUUAAAUAAAAUACAUAAAAAAUACGAUAAUUAA